CACUCGAACUGGAGUCGAAGAUUUGCCGAACCGUAAUAUUGACUAUGAUUGUUACCGGUAUACCUAGUAGUGUCGUGAGCGAUAGGACUAUUGUGGUAUGAGAAGCUGCAUGGUCUAUCAAAAUGUGAGCAAAGAAAAGUGCUGGUAAAGAUCUACACGUAGAUCUAUGUAGUGCAGUCGUAUCGUGUCGACUGAAUACUAUUUUCCUAGUGAUCCACGGUGCAUGCCGGGGACUUGACGACGUGCAUGCUGCUUUCCGAUGGGACGGAGAUGACAGCAGCGCAUGCAGCGCGGCCUGCAGAUUCCGGUUCCGCAACGCUAUCACAGAAUCACCACACGUACACCGUGUACACCCGGCCAACACAAGGACUCUAUCAAGAAUGCUCCCAAAAUGAUUCCAGACCUCAGCGGAAAUUUCCUCCGUCCGAAUGGAAUUCACAACCGUCCUCCCAGCAAGGUGUUCCGUCACAGUAUGGCCGAGCAAGCCGAGAACAACGAGUAUUUCUUCGACUCGAAGGAGAUGGGAAUUGGCUACCUGGAGGGCCACAGCACGCCCGACAGAGCUGAUUACAACGACGCAGAUGAGGAUGACGAGGCUGCACCGCCGAGCAAGGCUGAUGAUGCCAAUGAUGAUGAUGUGGGGAGUAUCCUGAUUGAGGCAUGAGAAUGUCACCGGGUGGCUGUCACCCGGAAUGGUCAUCGCCGCAGCCACUCUGCCACCUUCUCUGCCUCUGUUGUAUCAUAGGCAUAGCAGCAGUAGCUGUCUGCGUGUUGUGUGCUUGUCCUGCCGCGCUCAACCCCUGCGGCCGCUGCGUUACAGCAACUCUCUGUGUAGCAGUGUGCUGAUUUGUGCAGCGCAAAGCACAGCGUGCCACCAAUGCCAACUUGAACACUAUUAGCUAGAGUCGUAUCGUUAUCCGUGACAUGUGGACAGGUUAACGAGCCCCAAUCCCGUAAGCAAGUUCCCCCAAUCCGUCAACAAGAUGUGUAUAUUUACCUCCGCUACAGAAUUGUAUGGUGACAAGUGGUCAUGCCAAAGAUGCACGGCGUUACCGCCAACUUACCGGAGAUAUCAACGAGAAGAACACCCAACGAGUGUUGCGAGUUCUGGCGUCCCCGUUCAGUGAAUCGCACCACUGUUUUCCAACUGCGUGUGUGUGUAUGUGUGUGUGUGUCCGCACGCAUGUGUGUGUGUGUGUGUGUGUCCGCACGCAUGCGUGUGUGUUAACUAGAGCGCAUGCCUAUAGGUUGUGUGCUUUGUGGAACUUACUUCUAUGGUCUAUGGUGCAUUAUUGAUGCUUUGCUGCGAAUCCGAACGACACGAGUGUUUUGUGUGUGCCUGUGUGUGUGUGCCUGUGUGUCUGCCUCUGUGUGUGUGUGUGUGUGUGUGUGUGUGUGUGUGCGCGCGCGCGCGUGUGUGCUAGCUUUAGUGUUAUUGUGUAGGAGCGGUAUUUUCUGUCCGCAUCAUCAUUUUUUUUGUCUAUUGUUCACCCCCAGUCAAUCACCAUCUAUCGUUUUGUAGAGUUUAUCCGUUCCCAAUUUCUUUCAUUAAUUUGCGGGAGUUUCCGUUUCUUUCUUUCAUUAUUUCAUUUUUUGGUGUAGCCCAUCGCAGGGACCUGCAAUAGCCACUUUUAGGGUAGUGUGUGUGUUUUAGGCUAGGCUGAGCUUGGUCUACCUGGCCUACUUCACUACUGAGCCAACUGGCUUAGGGAGCAUUUAGCCAUUCCGUUCCAGUGGAAUGUGCACGCGUGUAA